AUGGGUGAGGGGUGUGCGCCACUGUGGAGGGUUUGGGCUGAGUUUGUGACUUCAGAAGGUUUCAUUCACUCUGUGGGUGUGGCAGGGUGUGAAGGAGUCUGUGUUGCUGAUAUCAUGAGAUUCUUUGCCUCAAUGAGCUCCACCUUCACACUGAACUUUUUUAUGAGCAUUUACCAUGAGAAGCCUGGAGACCUCUGCAACCCAUGUCUCAUUAACAUUAUAAUAAUUUUCCUUUCCGUCUUACUUUUUCCAGGAGGUUUGCUUGGAGCACUGUUUAAUCUCCUCAAUUAUUGGCUAACGAUUUUCAGAAUUAGGUACAUACACCGGCCAUGUCUGCAGGUGAUGGAGGCCAUGCUGGUCGCUGCGGUGACCGCCACGGUUUCUUUUGCCAUGAUCUAUUUCUCCAAUGACUGUCAGCCAUUAGGGGAGGACCACACUGAGGAAUAUCCUCUACAGCUCUUCUGUGCUGAUGGUGAAUAUAACACCAUGGCAACAGCUUCCUUCAACACUCCUGAGCGGAGUGUGAGGAAUCUGUUCCAUAAUUCUCCAGGUUCUUACAACCCCCAGACCCUGGAUCUCUUCACUCUGGUUUAUUUGUUCCUGGCUUUCUGGACGUAUGGCCUGACUGUGUCAACAGGAGUGUUCAUUCCCUCUUUGCUGAUUGGAGCAGCCUGGGGUAGACUCUUCGGAAUUUUCCUGUACAGCAUUUCUUCCAGCCAAUCAAUUUGGGCAGAUCCUGGGAAGUAUGCUCUCAUAGGUGCUGCAGCCCAGCUUGGUGGCAUUGUUCGAAUGACACUCAGUCUCACCGUAAUCCUUGUAGAAGCCACCAGUAACGUGACCUAUGGCUUCCCCAUCAUGCUUGAGUCAUUUUGGUCUCACAUGAACAGGUGAUUUAUCUUUUAAUUGUUUUGUGUUUAGUAGGUGUGUGCAUGCACGUUUGCUUGUUUGUCAGGUUUUCGUUGUUUACAGGGUCUUUAUGAUAUCCAUAUUAAGCCGCAAAGUGUUCCUUUCCUUCACUGGGAGGCUCCUCCUACUUCUCAUUGGUUGACCACCAGGUAAGUCAUGAGCUCUCCGGUCACCUGCUUCAACAGAGUGGAGAAGGUUGGCACCAUAGUGGAUGUUCUUAGCAACACAUCCACCAAUCACAAUGGCUUCCCAGUGGUUGUCCAUACAGUAGAGGUCCAAGAUGAGCCAGGCAAAAUCUGUGGCCUUAUUCUCCGUUCUCAGCUCAUUGUUCUUCUCAAGCAUAAGGUGUUUGUAGAGAGGGCACCUUCACGUCUCAGCCAGAGAAAACUAGCGCUGAAGGACUUUAGAGAUGCAUAUCCACGCUUUCCCCUCCAGUCCAUCCACAUCUCUCAGGACAAGAGAGAGUGCAUGAUGGACCUGACAGAGUUCAUGAACCCAACCCCUUACACUGUGCCUCAGGUCAGUGCCUUGACAAAUUAG